GUGCAUUAGGGUGCUACCACAAAAUCUGAACGUAUUUAGAGGCAGGUAAAGGAAGGACUGAUGCAUUUUGUCCUGUUGUUCGUCAAGAUGAAGUCCUACGUGUUCCUCUCGGCCCUGCUGCUGGCUUUGAGAUGCUCAGGAGCUCCUCUGUACAACUCUGAGCUGCAGGCUGUGGCUAACAGGGGUCUUGGAGCAGCUCUGGCUGAAGCCAACUCUGUGUACGCUGUCAGCCAUCUAUACAGGGUCACUCAUGGCUCAGUGUCAAGGGUCAUUCCUGUGGGCCUGAACACCGCUGACCUGAUGAUGGCGUUUAGUAUUAAAGAGACGCAGUGCGCCAAGGCUUCCAGAAGUGACCCCCAGAUGUGUGCCUUCAAACCUGGCUUCUUUGUGUCAUCCCUCUACUGCUCCAGCCGGGUCCGAAUGACGGCCACCACAGCCCAGGUGCUUUCUAUCAGAUGUGGCCGCGACUCGAGCUCCAGCUCAGAGUCCAGUGAGGAGAGGUUCUCAAGAGGGAGACACCAGUUCAACAUCCCAUUUGUGAACAGAGAGCCGGCUCCUGCACCACCUCCGACGUCUCCUCCCGUUCAGCCUAACUUCUCCUUCAACGGCCAGAUGACAGACGUCCAGCCCAGAGGAGAUGUUUUCAACAACUUCCUGGUGUGAAAGUAGAGCUCGCUCUGGAAACAUUUUGGUGCUGAUCAGAAGACAAACUUGAAUUAAAGACAGAAUUUGCACGUUUUGA